AUGUUGGCGCCGAGCUGUGCCCCGCGCGCGGCAUGGAGCGCGCCCUGCGUGCGCUCCACUCGUGCGGCGGGCCGCGUGCGGCAUAGCGCCCAGGCGCAGGGGCGGGGUGCACAUUUCUGCACGCGCCUGGCUGGGCUGCUGCUGCUGGUGCGGCGGAGCAAGGCCCGCGGCCCGGAGCCCUCGCAGCCGCCGGAGCCGCCGGAGCCGGAGCCGGAGCCCGCGGAGGAGUCGCCGGAGCCGGUGGCGUGGUUCCUGCUCUCGCUGCUGCGGUUGUACCGGCAGGCCAUCUCGCCCUUGCUGCCGCCCAACUGCCGCUUUGCGCCGAGCUGUUCCAGGUAUGGCAUAGAGGCGGUGCAGCGUUACGGUGCAGGGCAGGGCGGCGUGCUGCUGAUUUGGCGGCUGAUCCGUUGCUCGCCGCUGGUCCCCGUGGAUCGCAGCAAGGUGGUCUGGGCCUACGGCAGGUUCUGCGUGUCAGACGAGCCGGAGGACUGGCAUGAGAAGCUCUUUGGGAAAGGCGAGCUCACAGGAGCUCUGGAGGCUGAGGGCGAGCCAAGCGAGGAUGAAGCGAGCCGCGCCGCAAAAAGCCGCUCUGCGACUCGCAAGUGGCCAGUGGCCAUGGGCCGAACAGACAGGAAGGUGCCCACACUGGUGAUCCACGGCAGCCAAGACAGGCUCAUUGACCCUGCUCAAGGCAAGCAGCUCACGGAGUUGUGCCCGA